AUGUUUGCCGGGACGCAGCGCGCCGCGCCCCCGCACAUGGAGCUCUCCGGGCGGCCGCUGCUGCUGCUGCUGCUCGGCCUGCUGCUCCGACUCUGCUCCGCUGUCACCGACGACCGCAUCAUCUCCGACCGGUACGCAGUCUACUGGAACAGCUCCAACCCCAGGUUUUUUCGGGGCGAGUACACAGUGGAGGUGGCAAUCAACGACUACCUGGACAUCUACUGUCCUCACUACGAAGGACCGGGGUCGGCAGAGCGCAUGGAGCACUACGUGUUGUACAUGGUGAACUACGAUGGAUACAUGACCUGCGACCACCACAGGAAGGGCUUCAAACGCUGGGAGUGUAACCGACCACAAAGCCCCAACGGACCACUCAAGUUCUCUGAGAAGUUUCAGCUGUUCACACCCUUCAGCCUGGGUUUUGAGUUUAGGCCGGGACAUGAGUACUACUACAUCUCGUCGCCACAUCCCAACCUGGCUGGAAAACCCUGUCUGAAGCUCAAAAUCUACGUCAAACCAACCAAUGACUCAGUGUACGAGUCUCCAGAACCCUUCCUGACCGACGACACCACCGGCGGCUGCAGCCUCAUUCUGCCCUCUGCCAUGUUGCUCACCCUCCUCCUCAUCCUCCUUCUCGCCUCCUCAUAGCACCCCUUCUCUUCUGGUCAUACUUCUUCCUGUUGGGCCGAGCUCUGUCCUCCUCCCGCUGCUCUGAGGACACCCUGAGGCAGGACAGUAAUCCAGCACCGUCACCUCCAGCCUUCACUAGAACGCCACUCAGCACCUCCACCAAUCAGAGGAGGCUGAGGUUUGUGGUGGGAGGAGCUUGGAGCUGCGUAUCUACUCCACAUAGAGUUUCUGGGAUCAUCUCUGCUCUGUGAUGUUGUUUCUGUUGAAAUGUCAAAACUGUGUUACAGAUCAACAAGCUGAGACUUCAUUGACUGCCCUGUUUCUGGUUUCUAAUACAUAGAAUAUAAUGCUAUAAUGCCUAAUUCUACGUUUUAAAGACUCUAAGGAUGAUUUACUGCCUUUUGAGUGCCACAGAUUCUUUGAUAAUUUGGGGUUUAAUUUUUUGUUUGUUUUUUUUAAUUCUGUUGCUGAAAAUGAUGCGCCAAUUCAGGUAUGAUGCCAAAACUAAACUUUUCCUAGUAUUAAAACCUUUUUCUACAAAUUCUUUUUGAAUUUCAGCCAAUCCUUAAGACCACACCAGUGGUUUAACAAGUUUUUAGCUGUUUAAAAGUCAUUGUAGAUUUGUAGUUAUAUUGCAUGUAGAACUUUCUGACUUGUGUGCACAAGGAACUGCCUAGAUGCAAAGCAAACAAACUUUUUUCUGCUCUCACAAAACUAUAAUCGUUUCCUCCUUUGUGGCUUUGUACAAACAAAGAACAACAUAACGUAUACAUACAAAAUUUUGAUGUAAUAUAUUGUCUAAAACUUUGUGUAAGAUUUGAAUGAAAUUGUGGCUGUUUAAACUACCUUUUUUAAUGACCUCAGUAUAUUGUUCAAUUGUUUUCUAAAAAAUAUAUAUAAAAUUAUGUAGCUGGUAAGUGAAAAAUAUUUCAAUUAGAGUUGAUUAGAUCUAUUUAUUUUGCAUCCAUCUGUGAAUGAUCUAUACUGUACAGCCGCUGAAAAUCAGGAAAAAUCCACUGAAGAGUUUUAACUUGUGUUUCAGAAAACAGACAGAUGCUGACAUCAGUUCAUAAACCAUUUUUUACCAGCCUGGUAGAUUAUUUAGUGCUUUUCUUUUAAAACGUGGAAUACAACUAGCAGGUUGGAUUUUUUUGGAAACAUGUUGUAAUUUACAGCCAGAGAGCAGCUAAUUCUGAUGUUUUUUUAGUGUUCCAGGCAGCUGUUUAGUUUCAUUCAUGUUAAUCCUGAAUGAAAAUCUUUCAGCAAACUCUUAACAAUCAGGUGAUCUUCAGGUCUGUAGUGAUCUGAAAUUAGUUUCUAAUCAAUUUACAUAUACCCUGCUUUAUCCUGCCGCAAUAAUGAUAACAAGAAAUGUAGACAUUAAACUAUUUACAGAACACCUGCAGUCCCAAAGACAUAACUUUUCUUAAUCUUAUGCAACAAGAUAGUGUAUUUUUUUCCAAGAGUUUAUGCACAUCUUGUUUUGCACCUCUUAUAUCUUGUAUUUCAUAUUUUGUACAAGAUACUGUACAAACAGAUUAUUAUCCUGUUGCAAGCCAUGAAAAGAAAACUUUAAUUAGGAUGUGUAAUGUAGAGUUAAGCAGCUGAAUCUUGCUAAAACAUUGAUGUGGUCUUUGAAUUUGAGAAAAAAAAAAAAAGAUUUAAACCAGGAAAUAUUUGACAAAUAAGAGUCAGUGUCAAUCAGAGAAGGGAUCACUGCAUGACAGUGAUUCAAAUCAAAGCAUCUUCACACACACUGAAGUUGUUAAAAAACAAGACUGUCAUGAUGGUGUCCUGUACAGACUGAAGUAUGGCAGUCAGUGGAACUUUAAGACGCUUUGGUCUGUUUCUCUGGAAGGCUGUAGAAAAAGGAUGCUGUUACACAGAAACACAUCAGCUGAAUAAAACAAAGCCUGAACUCAUCGGGACGAUUGCCAUCUUCAGUAUGUCAUCCUCAGCGUUCAGCACAGCUCUGGACUUCAUCAACAAACAGAAUGUCAUCCGGUCUACAUGAACACCAGCACAGACGGGCAGACUUCCUCAGAUGAUCCCAGCAGCGUUCACAGCAGCUCUGCAGUGACUUCUAUCAACCUAGUUAGUCCUGGAAACAUCCGUUUUAUCUCUCGGACCUCUUCACUGAUGACAGUCACAGAAACGAGCUGCAGUGGCCAUGUAAAGAAGUCAGAGUGAAUCUGUGAGGCAAACAAAUCUAAAAAGACUCCGAUGAAUGGACAUCUGACUGGGGUGUCACUGGUCAAUUUGUUUAAUGAAACAAUUAACAAUUUUGUCAGAAAGUACUCAUGAAUACCAAUCUUCAGUUUCUAGCAUCCAGAGUGAUACUUUAAACUGCUUCAGACACACAGGCAUUCAUUUUAUAAAUCUUAUCUUGUGUGCUCUGUGACAGCUGGGACAGUGUCCAGCCCCCUGCAACAAUCUGCAGGAUAAAGCAGGUAUAGCUAAAAGACGGAUGAAUUACUAAAAUCCAAACUUUUAGAAUCUGAAUAUUUAUGUUUCACAGUUUGAAGCAUUCUGUCACUUUGAUACUUGUGGAUGUUGUGGCUGAUUUCUGUGACUAUAGUCUUCAUCAGUGUCGAAAACAAAAAUACUAAUCAGAGGAGAGGAGCAAUCUCUCAUCCACCUCCAUCCCUGCAGCAGCACACUUCUCUGUUCAGUCUCUAUUCAGCCUUUUGUUUCUUUAAAUCUGCCAAAGACUCUUGUUAAACUUUUCUAGUGGAUGCUUGGGGGUGGGUAAAGUCAUCCAGCAGCUAGGGGUCAUCUUGACCCCGCCUACUUUGAACAUAGGGGUGGAGUCACUUGAAGGGGUGGAGUCUUUCUCUUUCUUUUUCUUUUUGUUUUUUUUAAUGGUGUCAUUUGUUGUAAGAAUAAAAACGAAUGUUCUGCGCAAAAUACAAACCAAUCAAAAAUGGCCUUUUCCCCCCACUGGUGCUGAAUUUUUAAUGACAUGACUGACAAACAGCGACACUGUGUGGUCAAGGUGAAGCUUUUCAUCAAAUUCCACACUUUUGUUCCCUUCAUCUCUUCAUGCUAUCCCUCCAUCUCGCUGAUGGAGGAAGAGUGUGUCCUUGUAAGUGGACGAGCAGGGGCAUGCUGGGAAAUGCAGUAUAUGUACUGGAAGCACUGUGACGGAGGACAGAUGGACGAUGUAGCACUUGGACUCCUGUGGAGAACGAUGGAAACAAACUGGUGUCAAUGUUUCCAUGUCGGUACGAAAAGAAUGAAAAUUCAAGUUUUUUGUUUUAUGUUUUUCAUGUUUGAAAAAAUGCAGGAGAAAAUUCAUAUAAGAUAUGAAUUCAUUAACAGAGUUAUGAAGGAAUCAGUCUGUUUAUUGUUGUUGUUGUUGUUGUUGUUGCUGCUGUUGUUGCCCCCCCCCCCCUUUUUUUUUUGUUCCUGCUUGCAUCACAAUGCAUUCUGGUCCCUGUAGUCUUGUUUGUCCUGGUUCUGUUGGCAAGUAGUGGUCCAGUGGGUUGUCUGACUCUUCAUAUUUUUCUUCAUUGAUUUCUGUGUGAAUGGAAUCAGUUUUUAAUGGCGUAAGGGAAGUUAAAAAAGGAAGGAAAUUUUACAGAAAUAAAGUUCUGCUGGUGGUUUUGUGAAUGAGGGUGACACCUCCCUGCUGUCUCUGGUUUAGUGUCUCUGAGAAGAAAAUGUUUUUCUACAUCCAAAUGUCUGCAUAUUCUAUUCUUUGAAAGACAAAAAAAUAUGUUUUUGUAUAUUUUCAUAUUGGAUUCUAUAAAGUCCUGUUGAAAAGAAUGCAUUUAUCUGAUUGGCUAAAGAACUAACAAGGGGUCAGAGGUCAUCAGGACAUUUUCUUUGCCUGCACUGCAUGAGCAGGAAAAAUACAACUUCAAAAUACAUUUACUUCAUUAACUUUGAAGAGGAUUUCAGAGAGAAAAUGUUAAGAAGUGUACGAAUCUGUGUUUGAUAAAUUCACCACCAAUAAAAAGAAAAAAGUUCCACGAAAGAUU